AUGGAAUUUGAUAAUGAAAGAAGGGGAAGCCGGCCACGCGGUUUAGAAAGAUCAUUGAGUUACUCGGCUGCUAUAGGCAACGGUUCUGAGAGAUUGUCUAUUGAGAUACAACCGAUGGCUAACACUGAAGUGUAUAUUAAUGAAGAGAUAAAGAAACAUUAUAGAAUAUCGCAAACAUAUGUAGAAGGUAGAGAAAUCACUUUCCCUACAAUAGUCACUAAUGUCGACACGAAGCUGACCGCACCACCGAGCAAUGCAAGUGUCCUCACUGAUAACUCACAGUAUUCCAGUGAGGAUGAAACAACUGACCACGGACUCACUAUGACAAUCGAUGUCGAAAGUAAUGAAAGUCCGAAAACAUCUGGCACCAGACAUAUAUCUGAUGCAUCUACCCAACCUGUAGUCAGCUCAAGCGUGACUGAUGAAAUGUACGAUAGGAUUGACUUCGUUGAAAGCAUUUAUAAUGACGUGGAUGAUACUGUUGGCUCAUCAGCUCACGGAUAUUCUACGCCUUACUCUAAAAGGAGAAAGAAAGGGAGCAGACACAGGCGACAACAUGGCAGACCCAUCCGUUCAAGAAGAGUAGUGCACAAGAGCGGGGAAGAGAACGUGCCGGUUAGGAGUAAUAUCCCAGCGAAAUCGAUCAAAUACUUGCGAGACAUCGUCAACACUGUUAUCAACAGCAAGUGGCGCUUCAUAAUUCUCCUCAUGAUCGUGUCGCACUUUGUGUUUUGGAUAGUCUUCGCCGCGAUCUGGCUCGCGGUGUCCUCCGCCUAUAAGGAAGAUAUUGGCGACGGGAAGGAGCACUGCGUCAUCGGGACGUCCUCGUUCGCCGGUCUACUCAUGAUGUCUGUGGAGACACAGAUGACGAUCGGUUAUGGUGUAAGAUAUCCAAGUGAAGAAUGUCCCGAAGCUAUCAUCAUCAUGGUAAUGGAGAUCGUCGCCGGAACAGCCCUAUCAGGAGGUUUGUCCAGCUUGCUGUUCACCAAAUUGGUCAGGCCUAACAGGCACGUAUCGUCUGUGGGCUUCAGCAAAAAGGCUACCGUGUGUCUUCGCGACGGUGAGCUGUGCUUGCAGUUUAGGGUGUGGGAUUUAUUGAACGUGCAUCUCAUCGGGAGCACCAUAACUGCCUAUAUGCUGAAACCUAUUCGGACCUUGGAAGGAGAAAUGGUCCAAAAUUACAUUCACCAACUAAAGCUGAAGCAAGCCCGUGCCUUCCUCAUCUGGCCGAUCACGGUUGUCCACGUGAUAGACGCCGAAAGCCCACUUUACGAUUUCUCUGCUCAAGAAAUGAUGGACUACAGAUUUGAGAUAGUUGUUUGCCUGACGGGAGCUUCGAAGAACAUGGGUACAGUAACGCAGAGCCGAUCCUCCUACCUCUCUAAGGAGAUCAUGUGGGGGUACCGGUUCAAAAACGUUCUCAGAUAUUCCAAUGAAGAAGAAGCGUAUAAAAUUGACGUAGACAAUCUGAACACUGUAGAACAAGUGGAGACGCCUCUCUGCAGCGCGAGCCGUCUGAAGGUCCUUGAAGAUGACAUCAAAUCCUCCCACAAUAUCCUGACCCCCACCGACAUCUCCCUCUCUCCCACCAAUAUGUCCCUAAGUCAGGAAUCAUCUACCAUGUCGAGAGCUGGAGAGUCAGUGCCUUCAUCGCCUUUAUUCACUAGGGCCGGUACGCAGAGAAGCCUGGGUUGGCAUUUCAGAAGGAUCCACCCGGAGGAGAAGCAGGAAGGCCAGGGUAUUGAGCAGAGUUCUUAA